AUUGCUGGCUGUGACAACAUGCUACAUGUGCACUAUGAAGAAAGCAGCUAUAUCUAACGCAGAAAAAGAUUUUAUUCUGACAUGUAUUAAGAAUAGGCGGAGAGUUGAUGGCAGACAAGCUUACGACUUCCGAAAUGCCAAGAUAUCAUUUGGUCAAGACUUGGGACACUGUGAAGUUCAACUUGGAGAUACAAGGGUACUAUGUCAAGUCUCGUGUGAAAUAAUUGAACCUCGUCAGAAUCGUCCAACAGAAGGUGGUUUAUAUUUUAAUGUUGAACUAUCACCGAUGGCAUCACCACUAUUUGAACCUGGCAGACAAUCUGAGUUUGGAAUUGAGAUAAUCCGUUUUUUAGAGAAGACUGUACGAGAUUCCCGAGCUAUUGAUACAGAAUCCUUGUGUAUUGUAGCAGGAGAAAAGGUAUGGGAAAUAAGAAUAGAUAUACAUGUAUUAAAUCAUGAUGGUAAUAUUAUGGAUUGUGUUACCAUGGCAGCAGUUACAGCACUGUCGCAUUUUCGCCGUCCUGACGUCAGUGUUGUGGGAGAAGACGUACAAGUACAUUCAGCAGCAGACCGGGAUCCUGUUUCACUCAGUGUACACCAUCUUCCUGUUAGUGUCACAUUUGCAUAUUUUGAUGAAGGGAAAUAUUUAUUGGUAGACCCAACUGAACGGGAAGAGUGUGUUAUGGAUGGUAGCAUGAUUCUAAGCAUGAAUAUUCACAGAGAAUUAUGUACAGCACACAUGAGUGGUGAUAUGCUGCUUGUAAAAGACCAGAUUAUUAGGUGUACACAGACUGCAAUUGUCAAAGUGUCAGAAUUAACAGAUCUUAUAAAAAAAGCUUUGGAAAAUGACAGAAAAGCAAGGGCAUCUGGAAACAAGUGUGGAUUUGCAGAAACUCAGAGACAACAAAAAGUUACUUAUCUUAAGAGGGAUGUUACUGAAGUGGAUGUAAGCGACAAGGUAGAAAUACCAGAAAUAACACUGGAUGAAACAGAAGACAGCAAAGAUCAAGCAGAAUCUUUAGUGGUGCUCGGCAAAGGUACGGUUCAAGUCGGGGAAGGUGGCCAUAAUACUUGGCUGGUAGAUGACGUGCAAGGAGUAAAACCUGUCCAACAGAAAAGGAAGAAGAAAAAAAAACAUGCUGCCAAAAAAGUCAAAGAUGCAGGUAGCAGUGAGGAGGAGGAAACUGUUAUUUUAGUUCCUGAUUCAUGAGAAAUUCACAAGUGUGGCGAUUUGACAGUCCCGUCAGUGCCCAGAUGGAUUUUGUUUUUCUUCCAGUACUUUAUAGGAAGCGACUAAUAUCUUGGAUGAUAACUUUGAGAUACUGGAGAGUUAAUCAUAACAUGAAGUACUGUAAAGUGGGUAAUUAUUCACUGGGUUUUAAUUUAGCUUAUUUCGCUGACUGGAAAAAUGCGCUAAAUAAAAGCACAGUGAAUAUGUAAAAUUGAGCAUAGGACACAUUAUCUAAAUGACGAAACCGUGAAUUUAAAACCCACUGAAUAUGCCUGAAAUGGUAAAUCAGUGAAAUUUAAACCCAGUGAAAAUUAGUCAUUUUACAGUACAUGUUUUGUUGACUUUCUCACUGCCACCAUAGAAAACUACAAUAUUCUUGCAACCUUCUCUCCCUGAUGGCCCUUGUAGUUGCACCCAGGACAUCAAAUAUUUUUAUUUUUGCACAUUGUCUUAUCGAUUAACUAAAAAGACAUUCACAUCAAACUUUGAAAAUGCAGCCAUGUUUCAUAACAGACACAACUUAUUACCACCAAAUGUACCAACCCUGCAGGAAUAGAUGGGGCUGUAAAUCUUUAAUAAGAUCAUUUGUAGUAUGUUUUCAUGUCUGUCAUCAAUGAUGACCAAUGUGUCAAGAAUUGUACAUUUUUCAUACAAACUCUUAUUAAAAGGAAAAUAUAUAAAAAAGCAGUAUAAUCAAAGUUUAUUCAGUCCUUGACAGCAUCUACCAUAAGAUCCUCUGUGCCUUGUUUAUUUCUGUCUCAAAGAAAUUACGCAGAAAAGGUUGGGGGGGGGGGGGUGACCUAGUGUAUGACAUGAUGGCGGUGACAUUAAUCUCCCUCAGCAUUUCGGUUAUAUUCAAUUAGCCUCUGGACAAGAGGUUAUGUACCGGUAUAUAUAUAAAAGGGAAAAAUUGGCUGGAAGGUCAAAGGUUUUUACUCCUUUAACACAGCAGAAAUGAAUGCGUUGAUAGUUCAGGAAAACAUAUCAAUAUUGGAGCAGCUGGUAUGCUUAGGGGUUGCAAGGCAUUAAAAUAGUUGGUUACUUAUAAAAUAAUCCGGAGUGAUGUUUUCAAAUUACUGUAGCAAACAUUUCUUGUAUACAUCGGCACUAAACCAAAACUGGAUCACUAUUACCCAUUGCCUACAGUUCUUAAUGUAAGUUGGCAGUAUAAUUAUGUACAACUUGUAUAUCUGAAUAAAUUCAUUUUCAUUCCAUGAGAAAAAAA